GCAGCGCGCGCCCUGCCGGCCCGCAGCCCUCUCCUCCCCGCACCCCGGCAACGCCGAGCGCCGACGCCCCGCGCCCCGGUCAUGGGGAACGUGCCCUCCGCGGUGAAGCACUGCCUCAGCUACCAGCAGCUUCUCCGGGAGCAUCUCUGGAUCGGGGAUUCAGUGGCAGGGGCGCUCGACCCCGCGCAGGAACCCUCCCGGUUAUCCGGACUCCCUGAGUAUGUUAAAAUAGUUGAAGUUGGACCUAGGGAUGGAUUGCAGAAUGAAAAGGUUAUAGUCCCUACAGAUAUAAAAAUUGAAUUUAUCAAUCAGCUUUCGCAAACCGGCUUGUCUGUAAUAGAAGUGACAAGCUUUGUGUCUUCCAGAUGGAUACCACAGAUGGCUGACCACAUGGAAGUGAUGAAGGGCAUUCGUCAGUAUCCAGGAAUUCGCUAUCCUGUCCUAACUCCGAAUCUCCAGGGUUUUCACCGUGCUGUUGCUGCAGGAGCCACUGAGGUAUCAGUUUUUGGUGCCGCCUCUGAAUCCUUUAGCAAGAAGAAUAUUAACUGUUCUAUCGAAGAAAGUAUGGAGAAGUUUGAGGAGGUCGUUAAGUCUGCAAGGCACAUGAAUAUUCCAGCUCGAGGGUAUGUAUCCUGCGCCUUGGGCUGUCCAUAUGAAGGAAACAUCACACCACAGAAAGUGACAGAAGUAUCUAAGCGAUUGUAUGGCAUGGGAUGUUAUGAGAUCUCUCUGGGAGACACGAUUGGCGUGGGAACUCCUGGAAGCAUGAAGAAAAUAUUGGAAAGUGUCAUGAAAGAAAUCCCACCGCGAGCCCUGGCUGUUCACUGUCAUGACACAUACGGACAGGCCUUAGCAAAUAUUCUUACAGCCCUUCAGAUGGGGAUAAAUGUGGUGGAUUCUGCAGUAUCCGGAUUAGGGGGUUGCCCUUAUGCAAAGGGCGCUUCUGGGAAUGUAGCCACUGAGGAUUUGGUCUACAUGCUUAAUGGCCUGGGGCUCAACACAGGUGUGAAUCUUUACAAAGUGAUGGAAGCUGGCGACUUCAUUUGCAAAGCGGUGAAUAAAACUACAAACUCUAAAGUAGCACAAGCCUCCUUCCAUGCUUGACUUAAAUGCAUUUGUGACUUAAGGCUGAGAAGAUCCAUUUCAGCUACAGAUUCAUCUGAAAAUCAUGACUGUCAACUUGUGCUGAUACGGGAAGUAAUAGACAAGAGUGGGGAAAAAAGGGGGUACUUUCACAAAGCGUAUUAUUGGCUAAAUUACGAAGUCGUGGAGAAGAAAUACCAGCCAUCAAGUAAAUUUCAAGCCGAGGCUAAAUGAAAAAUUUGUAGACGUGCUUUGAACGUGGAGAAAAGUCUACUCUUUUGCUCUUACAGAAAUAACUUUUUAAUUUAGUAGAUGUGAAAAUUGACUUCAGAUUUCCCUAAGUAUCAAGUACUGUGUUAAUACUUAAUCAAGCUGGCUUAGCACAGCCUCCGUAUUGUCAGUAGUUUAUGAGCUCCUGCGUGGUGUGCAGAGUGUGUGGCCUUCAUGUUAUAAGUUAUGCCUCUGGAUCUCGACUUUCCGUUUGCCAAGUCAGUUAAGUUAUGGACCAAGCGCCAAAUCUCCAUCUGACCCUACAUAAUUUUUAGCAAUAGAACUUUUAUAUUUCAAGUAUGCUAACAUCUGUUAACUAUUUCAAUGACUUUAUCUUGUUCCAAGAGGCUGUGGUCAAUGGCAAGAUGCCACAUCCUGGAAACAUAUGACCCCCCAGUUUGUCACAUGCAUCCAGUUUACCAUACUUUCCCUUUCAUCAGUUGUAGUAAAAAAAAAAAAACAAAACAAAAAAACAGUGGGGCGUUGCUCAACAAUUGAGAAAUAAAAGGUAUAACUUUCAUCCCAAUGUCUGAGUUACAGAGUUGAGAAUAAAUUGAUGCAUGUACUGUAAUUCCCUUUUAUGGUUUUCAGAUCACUUCCAAAUUAUCCAAGAAAUGUCACUGUUAUCCUAGUAAUAUUAAGGCAGUUAUUAAUUCAUGGGAAAAAUUGUUUUCCAUUAAUUUAGGGUACUUUGAUUAAAUCACAUC